GAUAUUCACGGGACAGUGGUGAUGAUAGUGGCUAGCUACUGCAGCUGCCUCCUUGGGGGAGUGUGAAGCAUACGGUUAUUGAUAUGAAGUCACUCAACGGUGCACCAACUAUGAGCAAUCGGACAGUAGUCUUAGUUUAAUCGACGCAAGUCCCUGUUGGGUUUCAUAAUUUUUUCGAGCAGAUACCUAGCAAUAAGACAGUGUGGGACAGUAACAUUCACCGCUGUCGCUAGCAGGCUAGUCUAGCAAGCUACAAGCUGACAUAUCAGUCGAACCCUGUUAAGAUAGCUCGCUAACAUUAGCUAGCUCAAACGAACGUCAGGGCAGCUAUGUUUGUACAAGAGGAAAAGAUCUUUGCUGGGAAAGUUUUAAAGAUUCAUAUAUGCACCAUGGAGGGUGUGGAAUGGCUGGAGGAAGUUACAGAAGAUACCACUAUUGAAAAACUUAAAGAAAGGUGCUUGAAACACUGUGUUCAUGGAAGUCUGGAAGAUCCAAAGGUUCUCACACACCAUAAACUUAUUCACGCAGCAUCAGAAAGGGUUCUUUCUGAAACCAAAACAGUAGCUGAUGAGAACCUUAAAGAAAAAGAUGUGCUUUUGUUAAUUAAAAAAAGACCACCUCCACCGCCACCCAAAAUGGUAGACAUUGCAGCUGAGGAGAAGAAGAAGCAAGAAAGUAAGGCCCCAGACAAAGAUGCCAUUCUUAAAGCCACAGCUAACCUAUCUACUCGACACACAGACCGCACAGUAACUCAGCACAAUAUUCGGGAUUUUCAGACAGAGCUAAGGAAGAUCCUUGUAUCACUCAUUGAAGUGGCACAGAAACUCCUUGCUUUGAAUCCAGAUGCAGUUGAGCUUUUCAAGAAGGCCAAUGCCAUGUUGGAUGAGGACGAGGAGGACCGGGUGGAUGAGACAGCCUUGCAACAGCUCACUGAAAUGGGCUUCCCUGAGAGCAGAGCAGUCAAGGCCCUCCGCCUAAACCACAUGUCAGUAACCCAGGCCAUGGAAUGGCUAAUUGAGCACGUGGAUGACCCCACUGCUGAUGCCCCUCUGGUGAACCAGGAGGCCUCGGGGGCAUCCGCUGCUGCUGCUGCUGCUGCUGCUUCUGCUGCUUCUGUUGCUGCUUCGGCGUCAGGCGCCACAGCCUCGGGACCUCUCUCCCGGAUCUCUGAGCCUUCCAGCACAGAGGAGGCCAAACAAGACGAGCUCACCGAGAUCUUCAAGAGGAUCCGACGGAAACGAGAGUUCCGACCAGACUCACGGGCUGUCAUUGCACUGAUGGAGAUGGGCUUUGAUGAAAAGGAAGUGGUCGAUGCCCUUCGGGUCAAUAAUAACCAGCAGGACGCUGCGUGUGAGUGGUUGCUUGGGGACCGGAAGCCUUCGCCAGAGGACCUGGACAAGGGAAUUGAUACCAACAGCCCUCUGUUUCAAGCCAUACUUGAAAACCCUGUGGUCCAGCUUGGCUUAACGAAUCCAAAAACUUUGUUAGCUUUCGAGGACAUGCUGGAGAAUCCACUGAACAGCACGCAGUGGAUGAAUGACCCAGAGACGGGGCCGGUGAUGCUUCAGAUCUCCCGAAUCUUUCAAACACUCAACCGCACAUGAAGGCAUACCUCAGCGCGGGUGUGCGGGGAUGGCAGGAGGAUCUGUAUGCCCAAAAGAGUCACAGGAGGGGAUGAAUGUAACAGUAAUAAUGAGAUAAAGUUGCAUAGUCCACAGAGAUUCUGCACACGUCCUUCACAUUUUGUUUUUUAUAUAUGUGUGUGUGUGUAUAUAUAUGUAUAU